AUGUCAAAAUCUACAUGUCCUUCACGUUUAGCAUCGGCAGCUACAACACCAGAUUUAGAUAUAAAUCAAAUUCAAUUACAAAAUUUAAUGGAUUUUCGUAAUCAAACAAAUCCAAAUGAUAAACGUUUUAAUAAUGUAAAUUAUGUUCGACAAGUUCUACGAAGAUUUUUUGGUGUUUAUAAUAAAAAAUCACCAACGAUAAAUUCAACUGAUGAUAAUUCUACUGAUCAAUUAAAUAAUAAUAAUAUUCAAGAUAAUUUAAUAUCUCCGAUAUUAAUUCAUCCAUGUUUACAAUUUAAUAAACAUGCUAAAUUUUCUGGUGAAUUAUUACUUGAUUGGUUUUUAAUACAUUUUGAAGGACGUUAUGAGAAUCUUCCAUUAAUUAAACAAGUUAUUUUACAAUGUUGUACUUGUUUAAUUGGACUUGAUGUAUUGAUAAUGGAACAUAAUCAAGAGAGUGAUUUAUUUCAAGCAGAAAACUUAUAUUCAUGGGCAAAUAAUAAUAAUAUAAAUGAUGAAAACACAGAUAUGGAAAUAUCAUCAUCACCAGUUAUCAAUGAUAUUAAUCAUCAUCUGAUCGAAAGUAAAGAAUAUAAAUAUAAACCACCAACGGCUACAACCAUAUUGGACAUUCUUAGAAAAUGUUUCACACUUAAUCCCAUUCAAAUGUCAUCAUUUAUUGUAUCAAAAACUGAUUCAAAUAGUAAAUCAUCAUCAACACCAAUAACUUCAAAUCGUGUUGAUGAGAAUACUGUUCGACAAACGAUGCAUAAAUUAUUUUUACAUGAUACUAUUAACGAUUCAUCGUCGCCCGGUGAUGAUGAUGAUAUUCGUUCAUCACUUUCAUCUUCACAAUCGUUCAAAAAUGAUCAUGCAAAAUUUACAAGUGAAUUACUGCUGGAAUGGAUAACACUUAAUUCUGAUUCACGAAAUUCAAAUACACAAGCAUUAAUAACAGAAGUUAAAUCGUGUUUACAUUCAAAUGAUAAUGAUCGUUAUCAUCAACCAUAUUCAUCAUAUAGACCAAGAUCAUCACUACCUUCUGUUAACGAACAAUUCACAUCAUUUCCACCAAUUAAAUCUAAUUAUAAUAUUGACGAUGAAAUACGUUCACUUUUAUCAGAUCUUGUUAUUGAAGUUGAUAAAAAAUUAAAAGAAACAUCUUCACAUAUGCCAACCAUAUCAGCACCACCACCUCCACCACCACUGCCUCCACCGCUACCACCAUUUUGUCAUCCUAUCAUAGGACCUGUACCACCCUCAGGACCAUUCACAUUUAUAGGUACUGGUAUUCCUCCACCGCCACCUCCAAUGAUGCCAGAAUUUAGUGCACCUCCACAAUUACCACAAUAUCUACGUAAGAAACAGAAAUAUGCUGUCACAGAACCAGUUAAAAAAGUUCAAUGGAGUAAAAUAAAUCCAUAUACAAUCAAAAAAGAAUCUAUGUGGGUUAAUGUUGAUGAAGAAAAAUAUGUUAAUGAUACACUAUUUUCCGAUAUCCGAAAGAAUUUCGCAAGCAAAAUAAUUCCAAGUAGACAACCCAUUCAUGAUCUUGUUGAUAAAUCUAAAGAAUUACGUGUACUUGAUUCAAAAGCUGCACAAAAUUUUGCAAUUAUGUUUAGUCAAUUAAAAGUAUCUCCAUCUGUAUUUCGUGAAUGGAUGCUUUCAUGUGAUAAUGAAAAUUUAAAAUAUGAUUUUCUUAAACAAUUAGAAAAAUAUUUACCAACAUGUGAUGAAUUAAAAACUUUAGCAGAUUUUCAAAAUGAAAUUAAUGAUUUACAAUAUUCUGAACAAUACUUUUGUGCAAUCGGUGAUAUAAAACGAUUAAAGCAACGUUUGAAAACACUUUUAUUUAAAGCAAAUUAUCGAGAAACAGUUGAAGAAACAGAUAAAGCAUUUGUAGAAGUUCGUUCAGCAUGUGAUCAUGUUCGACAUUCAAUACGAUUUAAAAAAAUGUUAGAAUUAAUUUUAACCGUAGGAAAUUAUAUGAAUUCAAGUGCUAAAACUUAUGAACCCGUUCAUGGAUUUGAUAUUAGUUUUUUACCUAAAUUACAUUCAACAAAAGCAAAUGAUGGUCGUCGUUCUCUACUUCAUUUUAUUGUACAAGCUAUUCAAGAUAAACAUCGAGAUUUACUUUCAUUUUCUGAUGAAUUUUAUGUACUUGCUGAUGGAAUAACGAAAAUUAAUGUACUUGAACUUCAAAAACAACCACAAGAAAUAAAACGUGAAUUAGAAAAUGCUCGAGAAGAAUUAGCUGCUGCAAAAGAAACAGAAUAUGAAAUUGAUGGUGAUCGAUUUAUUGAAGCAAUUGAAGAUUUUAUUAGUCUUGCUGAUGAUGAUGUUGCUCGACUGGAACAUCUUGAUGAAGAAAUGACAAAUGCUUAUCAAAAUUUAUGUGAUUUUUUAGCUAUUGAUCCAAAAAAUUAUUCACUUACAGAAUUUUUUACUGAUCUUAAAUUAUUUUGUACUUUCUUUUCGACUUGUCUUCAAGAGAUUCGAGCAUGGCGUGAACAAGCUGUACGUGCAGCUAAAACAACUCAAAGUUUAAUGUCUACUUCACAAUAUUUUGUUCGUACAUCAUCACGUCGUUUUCCUACACGAUCAGAUUCUACUGAUGAUUUUCUUUUGGCGGCUGCUGAAAGUGGUUUGUCGCCAUCACGUGGUACAUCUCCAUCUAAUACAUUUCGUCGACAGAAAUACUCAAUUAUAUACCGAGAAAAAGAUUCUCGAUAUUCCCGAUGA